AUGAAACGAAGAGAACGUAGUUGGAUGUAUAAAAGGACGAUUGGGCAAAGUAUUAAUCCAGAUUUCGUGAAAGGAGUUAAUGAAUUCAUUCAGUAUAUCAGAGAUCAUCCCGAGAGUAGUAAUCCGGAUGAGGUUAGGUGUCCAUGUGUUAAAUGUAAGAACAAACGCCUUUGGAAUGCAAAUACGGUUAAAAUUCAUCUGUAUGACAAGGGUUACGUACCUAACUACUAUGUGUGGAUGUGUCAAGGGGAGGGGUAUCCGGGAGUUCCCGAACGGCGUUCCAAUGAAUAUCAUGACAUGGUUUUGGAUGCUUUUGGUCAUAGUCAAGAUCAGGGGCAUUCCGAGGAGGCUAGUGUUUCAUCAGAGGAGGAGCGUAAUGCAACUGCUAAGCAUUUUUUGGAUUUGUUGAAGGAUUUUGAAAGGCCAUUAUACGAAGGGAGUUCUUUGUCUGUGUUAAAGAUGGCCGCUAUAAUCACUAGUCUCAAAUGUGAGUAUAAUUUGCCUCACAGAUGUGUUGAUGGGUUUGCUUCUUUGCUAAGUGAGGCGAUUCCGAACAACAAUCAUAUGGCCGACUCUUUCUACGAGGUGAAGAAGAUUGUGAAGGGGUUGGAACUGUCCCAUCAAAAGAUUCAUGCGUGCCCGAAAGGGUGUAUGUUGUUUUGGAAGGAUGAUGCUCAGUUGUCUGAAUGCAGGGUGUGUGGCAGCGACCGAUACAAGCAGACUUCCAAAGGUAGCCUAGUGCCUUUGAACGUUCUAUUUUAUUUCCCGAUCACACCCAGGUUGCAAAGACUUUUUGCAACGAAGAACAUUUCGGAGGAAAUGACAUGGCAUUCGAAAAAUCCCAGAGUUCAAGGCACAAUGGCACACCCUAGUGACAGCGCAGCUUGGACGCACCUCGAUUGUCGGUUUCCAGAGUUUGCUUCUGAGCCUCGUAAUGUGAGACUUGGCUUGUGUACUGAUGGUUUUGCUCCUCAUGCUAAGUUUGGGGAGGAGUUGAAACUGUUGUGGGAAGUUGGCGCAGCUACUUAUGAUAUUUCGAAGAAACAGAAUUUCAAUCUUCGAGCAGCCAUCCUAUGGACCGUUAGUGACUUCCCGGCUUAUGGCAUGUUGUCUGGUUGGGCCACGGCUGGUAAGAAAUCUUGUCCACAUUGCAUGGAGAAGACCAAAGCAUUUUGUCUUGAACAUGGUGGUAAAGUUUCUUGGUUUGAUUGCCACCGGCAAUUCCUGCCGACAGAUCACCCUUUUCGGAACAGUAAAACAGCAUUCUGUAAAAACAAAGUAGAGAAAGGAGCCCCUCCACACAUCAUGUCAGGAGAGGAGCUGUGGGAAUGUGUUAAGGACCUUCCAAAGGCUACAGAUGGACCCGAUUCAAUUAAAAGGAUGAAAAAUGAAAAGAAGGGGUGGUUCAAGCAAAGCACCUUGUGGGAGCUCCCAUAUUGGAAGCAUCUCCUCAUUCGUCACAACUUAGAUGUCAUGCACAUUGAGAAGAACUUCUUUGAUCAGUUAAUUCACACUGUAAUGGAUGUGAAAAAGCUUACAUGUGACACGCCUUCAACUCGGAAUGACAUUGCUAAAUAUUGUAAACGUCCCCAGCUUCAUCUUCAAGAGGAUGAUAGAGGAAAAGAGGUAAUGCCAAAGUCUCUAUUCGCUCUUGACAAGGCUCAGAGAAAAGUUUUGUGUGAGUGGGUUAAACAGCUGCGGUUCCCUGAUGGUUACGCCUCCAAUUUGAGCAGAUGCCCGUACGAGGUGAAGUUAUGUGGUCCUGUACAAUACAGGUGGAUGUAUCCCUUUGAAAGGUUCCUCAAUCAUUUGAAACGGAAAAUUGGGAACAAGGCUCGAGUUGAAGGGUCCAUAUGCAAUGCUUAUCUCACUGAAGAGAUAACAAACUUCUGCUCCAAUUACUUUCAGUCGACAGUUGACACUAAAACUCGAGAUCUUGGUCGAAAUGUGAAUGCCGACGUUGAGUCCACAUCGGACGGCGCUGAAAUACCAGAGUUGUUCAAAGAGGACAGUGGUCGUGUGUCAAAUGAGGGUAGAACUCGGUUCUUAGAUGACAAAGAACUCGAGUGUGCACAUUUGUUCGUGUUACGAAACACCGGCAUUCUUGGUGAAUACGAAAGGAAUUUUGAGGAUUACAUUAUUAGUACUCGACCUUUCCUGCGUAGAGAAGAUGUCAUGGAGAAUUUCGAAACUGAAUUCUCUGAUUGGUUUCAUCACAAGGAGGCCUACCGAAAGAGGGUUGAGGCGGCUAGCACUCAAAGGAUUCAGAAGAGUCCGAAUGAGCUGUACUGGGAGACAGUGGGUGGUCGGAACAAAAAAGGACGUGUGAAGGGACUAGGCGAAAGUGCUGACCUGUACUAUGGAAGCCAGAUGGGUCGCCGAAUUUCCACCUCUUCCAUGCAGUACACGCCCUCCUUUUUUUCUCAGAUGCAGGAUCAGAUGGAAUCCAGGGUCCAGGCUCUUCGGGAACAAAUGGAAGUCGACAUGGAAGCCCGAGUUCAAGCCCAAGUACGAGCCCAAAUGGAAGAAAUGGAGAAGAGGCUGGAAGAAAGGAUGAUGGGUCGUUACGCCAAUGACCCAUGUUCCAACGUGCGACCUCCAUUUCGAGAUCCCAGGGACGACGAUCCGGGUUUUGGUGGAGCUGUCCAGGGCUCUCACGCUGUUGUAUAG